AUGAAUACCGACGCAGAUACUCUCUUUAGAGUACCUGAACACAUGAGUGAAUACAUGGAUUCGUGCACUGCGGAAACCUGCCAAGACGAACUACGAGUCAUCGCCCAGUCGAUACAGUUGGAAGACAAAGGUAAAGUGAUUUGGGUCACAUCUCGCACCCAUAAUUACACUGGGUUGCAUGGAGGUGAUCCACAAUCAAUAGCUAGCAGUACUCCACAGUUCAACCUUAGUGACAUUCGACAAGCUCAGCUUAAAGAUAAUGUUAUUGGAAAAGUUUAUUCGUUUGUCAACAGAAAACAGCGACCAACUUCCUCCCAGAGAGCAGCAGAAUCACCCGAUACUAAACUCCUACUUCACGAAUGGCCAAAGCUGUUUAUUGAUAAAGACGGUGUUGUACGAAGACAGAACAACUCAUACGAUCAGGUUGUGCUUCCUAGACCAUACCAUCCAAUGGCUCACCUUGGAUCUGAGCACGUCCUACGUUUGGCUCGAGAUCGGUUCUACUGGCCUUGGAUGCAGAGUGAUGUGGAACACUACGUACGGAAUAUCUGUCGCUGUGUUAAGCAAAGACCCCCAAGACUGAAGACCAGAGCACCAUUACAACCUGUAAUCACUACCGCCACAUUCGAGUUGGUUUUUAUCGAUAUCGUCCACCUUGAAAAGUCCAGUGGAGGGUACGAUUAUAUCCUUGUGAUUGUUGAUCACUUCAGCAGGUAUGCACAAGCCUACCCAACCCGAAACAAAGUGGCAGUGACUAUGGCUGAAAAGUUGUACAACGACUACAUCCUUCGCUUUGGGUUUCCAGCCAAAAUCCAUCAUGAUCAAGGUGGAGAAUACGAGAACAAACUACUCAAAACCCUGGAAGUAUUUUGCGGCAUUGGUUAUUGUCGUACCACACCUUAUCACCCUUAAGGAAACGGAGAGGUAGAACUGUUUAACAGAACACUCCUAGAUAUGCUUCGAACAAUUCCCGAAAACGAGAAAUCACGUUGGAAAGAUCACGUUAACAAAGUGGUGCAUGCAUACAACUGUACUCGCAAUGACACUACUGGAUUCUCCUCCUUUUAUUUACUCUUUAGGCGACACCCUCGCUUACCCAUUGAUCUCAUUUUCCAAACCCAAACACCAUCAACAAAACAAGAAUACCCCCGGUAUGUAAAACAUCGGAGAGCUGCAAUGGAAGAAGCGUAUCGCAUGGCUCAGGACAAGCGAAACGCUCAUAUUAUCGAUGGGUUUGCAGUUCUGUACUAGAACCAGGAGAUCGUGUGUAGGUGCGUAAUCUUAACGAACGUGGUGGUCCUGGCAAGCUGAGGUCAUUUGGGGAGAAUGACAUCUACGUAGUGAUAAAUCGGAAGGAUCCGGAGAGCCCAGUGUACGAAACGAAGCUUGAGAACGGUAAGGGAAAGAAUAGGGUUCUACACCGAAAUUUACUUCUCCCUUGUGAUCAUUUACCGGCGAAAAACCCACAACCACCUACACCAAAACCACCCCCAGCAACCCUGCCACAACAACACAGACAACCACUCAGAAACGCUGCAGCGCAGGAUGAGGAAACUUCCAGCGACGAAGAAUUCUCUGAUGUGGUAAUGGUCUCCGUAUACCUCGAGAAACGAGUUCUGUCCAAUUCCGAAACCCGCUACCAACAGACGAGGCAGUUCCUGAUAACAGUGAUAACCUGGCUGUGGACGACAAUUUUGAGAUCCUUGAAUUGCAACCCCCUACCGAGACCGAAGAAACAUUAG